GAGGGUUUGUGGUGCUCCCUGAGCUAUCUUUCCUGCGCCAAGAUGCUUCAAAGUUUUAUUAAAAAUAUGUGGCUCCCCUUGAAACCCUACUAUACCCAAGUUUACCAGGAGAUUUGGGUAAGAAUGGGGCUGAUGGGCUUCAUUGUUUAUAAACUCCAUGCCGCCAAUAACAGAUAUAAGGCUGAGAAAGCCGCAGCUUCUGCUCGUGAUCAUCAUUAA